ACGAGAAGGAUGUCGUCGUGCGCUCCUCUGCGCCUCCUCUCCCGCCGUGCCUAGCUCUCGUGUGUGUCUCCCCCUGUGUUAACACCCCCUCAGGGUUUGCUAACUAACCCUGGUGCAAAUUGUAUUGUUUGUCUACGUGUUUCUGACAGUGUUAUCCCAAAGCAAGUGAUUUUUUUUAUUAAGAAAAAAGAAAGGAUCAUAAUUUUUUUGAACCAAAAGGAGGAAAAGGGUAUGACAAAAUUAUAGCGAGAGAUUGUUAAAAAAAGAAGAAUAUUUGUGCAUGUGUGUGUGUUGUUUUUCGUCUUGUUCCUUCUGACAUUCGCCAACAGUGACCAAGAACACGAUGUUGUGAUUCGUACCUGUACAAACCUGGAAUCGUCGAAGGUGGUUCUUCGAUUUUGCUGUUGCGUGUGCAUCGCUCUGCAACGACCGGCGAGAUGUGGCGAAGAAGACAGGCGCUCCUUAUAACGACGUCGGUUUUGUGCAUCUUCUUUCAACAAGGAUGGUGUCUCCUGCAGUCCUUCCGCGUACCUCCCCAGGACAUCGAGGCCGUGGCAGGCGACGAUGCGCUUCUGAGAUGCGAAGUUGACAACCAGCAAGGCAAAGCUCAGUGGACUAAGAAUGGCUUCGCUCUAGGAUUCAACCGGUCGAUCCCCGGCUUCUCCCGGUUCUCCAUGACCGGGCCCGAAGCAGAGGGCGUGCACAACCUCAGGAUAAGGAACGUGACACUGGAGGACGACGGUGCCUACCAGUGCCAAGUGACACCGAAGGGAGACGCUCUGCCCAUCCGACACGCUGCGACGUUAACCGUCUUGAUUCCUCCCUCAAGCAUCGAAAUCGUGGGACGCCGAAAGAACGAGCGGAUAACGGAAAGGGCAGGGAAUUCAAUCACCCUUGAAUGUCUCGUCAAGGAUUCCAAACCUGUGUCUCAAAUACAGUGGUUUAGAGACGGCGCUGAUAUCAGUCUUGCCGUUCCAGGGAUGACCCAGGGGACCAGUACUAAACCCACCAUACCACACGACCCACUAAACUAG